AUGGCUUGCGCAAACGGUUCCACGCCGUUGCUCUUGCCUUGGACGAACAACUCGGUCUCUGCAGAUGGCACCGUACUCUCCAGGGGCAUUUCAUUCUCCAUCGGUACACCUCCGCAACCGUUCUCCUUGACGCCAUCAACCCUUUCCGACAACCUCUUCAUCAACAAUGCAGCAGAAUGUACGGCGGCCACGAACACGAGCUGCAUUGGUCAGCUUGGUGGUAUCUACGACAGUGCAGCCUCGACUACAUUCGCAGAGGUCAACUACGCGGUAUGGAGAGGCAGUAGGGAGUCUGUGGAUCUAGCAUCUGCGAGCUCUUACAUCUUUUUCGACGAUGCCGCAGCGUUCGGUCUCAAACCCGAUGCAAACAAGUUCACCACAUUUCCCAUGUAUACUAAUGGGUCGACCGAUACGAACGCGGAUCCUUUCAUGAGGAAUGAACCUGAUUUCCGCGCGACUCUACCUUUGGGGUCAGACUCCAGUUUUCUCAACUUCCUCGUUGACGCAGGUCAAGCUUCUUCUCGGACAUUCGGAUUGUGGGCUGGAUCAGAAUCCGAAGAAACACCUCAAGACGGUCUGAUCGUAGUUGGCGGCUACGAUGAAAGCCGCCUCAAGAGUGCUGCAACUACAUUUCCUAUGUUCUCUGACUGUCCAACAUGCGCUAUUCUGACAGCCAUCACCUACGAUGCUGGUGGCACGAGCACUACGCUCUUCGCAUCCAAGACGGACACCCUCGUUGUGCACCUGGAUCCUUUUUCUUCGGACAUAAGACUUCCAGCUGCGAUGCUGGAUGCUCUCGCUGCUGCAGAAAAGACUGCCGUCUGGAAUGAAACUUCGCGGCAUUUUGAGCUUCCUACGGAUCCAGCUCCGGCAGGUACCAUCACAGUUACGCUAUCCGACAUGGGUACUCCCGGUGGUGACGCAUCGAAGCCUUCGGUUGCCACCUACAAGUCCGUCAUACCGGCAACUGAGCUUUACAACCGACCACGGGCGUAUAAUGCUGCCGGAGUGUACGAAGUGGAUAAUGCGACAGUAUUUAAUCUGGCGGUAACAAACCAAACUGGCCCGGCCGGUUCAGUGACUAUCGGCACUCUAGGACUUCCUUUCUUCACGCAGAACUACCUCAUCGUCGAUCCUGACGCACAAAACUUCCAGCUCGCGCCUGCAGUCGUUGCGCCGGCCGAUCCUAAAGGAGCGGAUGCGAAGGUAAAGCAAGUGUGUCGCGUCUUGCCCGGCGCGAAGCAAAAAUCCCAGGUCGCCGCUAUAGCUGGAGGGGUUGUCGGUGCCAUAAUCGGUACACUUCUCAUCGUCGGUCUAGUCCUGUGGCUACGCAAGCGUAGGAACAAUGCAACCAACCAACGACAUUCUCGGGGCGAAAGCGAUGCGCCAACUGCCACAUCCCAGAACCCCAUAGUUCGACGCAUGCCUGACCACGUGUCCUUGGAUAGUAGCUCUCUCGAAUUGCCGCGUCAAGCUCCACCACCUUCCGCCAUGGUGCUCAGCGACGGCACUACGUUUCCAUCCCCAAUAUCCGGUCGUUCAAAGAGUACUCGCAGCGGCAAACACGAGGAUCCUCGGAGAGGCUUGGUCCAUGAUAAUUUCAAGAAGGUUGAUGAAGAAAACGACGGGAGACUUCUGGAUGAAAGGCCUAUGGGAUUGAGCGAGACGAUUCAUUCGCGUGGGACACUACCUAGGAUGGCCGCGGAGCAUACGGUCGAAUGA